AGCCGCGAUGCAUCCUCAGCAAUGAAGCCGCAGCUUGGAGAUGUCCGUCGCGCACACACACAGAGAGACUGGAGUCUAGGUAGAAGAAGAAACCUCUGAUAUUUCCUCUCGUCUGGACGUUUUUUGUUGUUGUUGCGUCUCCUUAAAUAAAAUAGUGUUCUUGCUAAAAGCGUCAUUGUCAAAACUAGAGGAUGAACAGCAUCAGACGUGUGCCCACACGGGUGAAAUCCAGGCGGACGGAUCUCGGAGCGGAGAGGGAACAUUUUGACAAGCAGCAGCUGAACAGCAUCAGCAAGGCCAUCACCUCUGCUGAGACGCCUGUGAAGGAGAAACAUGUACGACGAAUCAUCCUGGGGACUCACAGGGAGAAGGGAGCAUACACUUUUUGGUCCUACGCUCUGGGCUUCCCUCUGGCUAGCAGCUCCAUCCUCAGCUGGAAGUUCUGUCACGUACUGCACAAAGUCCUGCGGGACGGACACCGCAAUGUUCUACAAGACUGCAUGAGGCAUCACAGUUCUCUAGUUGAAAUUGGGAAACUAUGGAGCAACCUCCAUGACAAAUACGGACAGCUGGUGGCUCUGUAUACCAAGCUGCUCUGCACAAAAAUGGAGUUUCAUGUGAAGCAUUCAGAAAUCCCACCGAACCUGGAGGCCACAGAUGAAGUCCUGGAGCGCACUGCAGGAACAGACAUUAAUAAUGUGUUCCAGCUCACAGUUGAGGUGUUUGAUUACUUGGACGCAGAGCUGAGGCUGGCAGAGACAGUGAUCCGACAGCUCAACACAUCCAUCGCCAUCUCCACUCUCACAUCAGGCCAGUGUCGGCUGGCCCCACUCAUCCAAGUCAUCCAGGACUGUAGUCACCUCUACCACUUCACCGUCAAGCUGUUAUUCAAGCUGCAUGCCUGUCUCCCCGCUGACACUUUACAAGGUCACCGUGAUCGUUUUCAUGACCAGUUCCACAGUCUUAAGACCUUCUUCAAUAAAGCCAGAGACAUGCUGUACUUCAAGAGACUGAUCCAGAUUCCCAAGCUGCCUGAUUCCCCACCAAACUUCCUGCAUGCAGCCUCACUGGCCAAGCACGUGAAGCCAGUGGUGGUCAUCCCUGAUGAGUACGAACCAGAGCAACAAGAAGAAGAAGACGACGAUGACGAUCCAGAGCCGCUCAUCGAGAUCAGCGAAGCCUCAACGGCCAGCAUACAGGCACAGCCACAGCAACUGGACAUAUUUGAUCAGACGUUUGGACCUCCAAAUGGAGGCAUUAAUGACAGAGAUCUCCAGAUUGAGAGCCUGAAGCUGGACCUGGAGUCGUUGAGAGCAGAACUGGGGAGAGUCAAAGCAGAGGCUCAGCGUUACAUCACACAGCUGAAGUCCCAAAUCAACAGUUUAGAGGCAGAACUAGAAGAACAGCGUGCACAGAAACAACAUGCUCUUGUGGAAAAUGAACAACUGCGCAUGGAGCUGGAGGCUACGCGUCGCCGAAACGCAGAACAUGAGAGCUCACAGGCCUUCUUCAUUGAAGCAGAAAAAAGAGCGCAGGCCACUGAGCAGCGGUACAAUAAGAUGAAGGAGAAGCACACAGAGCUGGUGGCCAGCCAUGCUGAACUACUUCGGAAGAGUGCAGACACUGUAAAGAUGUUAUCAGCAACCCAGCAGACCCAGGAAGAAGUGGAGAGGACCAAACAGCAGCUGUCGUUUGAGGUUGAUCGAAUAAAACAGGAAGCUGACAUAAAGCUGGAAGAGCAGAAGUUUGAAAUGGAGAAGCUGAAGAGACAGCUGGAGGAGAAGAUGGCAGAAAUGAUGCGCAUCAAGGGGACUCUGCAGAGCAGCGAGAAGACGACGGAGCAAAUGAACAGCUCAGUGACGGCUCUGCAGGCGGAGAAGGAGCGUCUGAUGCGAUCUGUGAGUGAAAAGGAGGCGGAGCUGUCGUCUCUGCGGCAGGCUGCGCAAGUGCAGCAGUCGUCACUUCAGCAGGAGCGAGAGAGGAACAGCAGGGAGCUGGGAGAGCUGCAGGGAAAACUGCAGGAGAAGUCAAGUCAGGAGGAGCAGCUGAAGCAGAAGCUUCUGGAGGAGCAGUUUGCUCUGCUGCAGGGCACUGUCACAGAGGCUGAGAACAUCAUCCAAGAUGCUGUUGCUAAACUGGAUGAUCCCCUUCAUAUACGCUGCACCAGCUCUCCAGAUUACCUCGUAAGUCGGGCGGAGGCCACAUUGGGCUCCGUAGACAAAAUGAAAAAGGGCCAUGCAGAUUAUCUGAGUAACAUGAGGGAUGCUGGAGGGCUGCUGAGGGCUCUGACCCAGUUCUCCCACUUGGCUGCGGAUACAAUCAUCAAUGGCAGCGCCACUGCACACAUGGCACCUACUGACCAUGCAGACCGACUGACAGAGAACUGCAGAGGCUGUGCCACUCAGAGUCUGCAGUUCUUCCGGGACUUGAAGUCCAAGACCACCCUCCCGAGGGCGGACCCGGCCUCCAUCCGCGUAAUUGUUCAAAAGAUCCUGCACUUGGGCCAGGAGCUGCGGCCAAAAAGCAUGGACAUUCGUCAGGAUGAGCUAGGAGAUCUGGUCGAAAAGGAAAUGGCUGCAACAUCAGCAGCUAUUGAGGAGGCAGUCCGCAGGAUUGAUGAAAUGAUGAAUCAGGCACGAAAGGACACAUCAGGAAUUAAACUGGAGGUCAAUGAAAGAAUCCUCAACAGCUGCACAGACCUGAUGAAGGCCAUCCGCAUGCUUAUCAUAGCAUCUACAGACUUGCAGAAGGAGAUCGUCGAGAGUGGGAAAGGCGCCGCCACCAUUCAGGAGUUCUACGUCAGAAACUCUCGCUGGACUGAGGGACUCAUCUCUGCUGCCAAGGCUGUGGGAUGGGGAGCCACCGAGAUGGUGGAGUCUGCUGAUAAAGUGGUGCUGCACACAGGCAAAUACGAAGAGUUGAUUGUCUGCUCCCACGAGAUUGCUGCUAGCACAGCACAGCUGGUUGCUGCCUCAAAGGUUAAGGCAGACCGCAACAGUAAGAAGCUGUCAGUUCUCCAGCAGGCUUCUCGCCAUGUGAAUGAAAUGGCAGCUAAUGUGGUUGGCUCAACAAGGACGGGCCAGGAGCACCUGGAGGAAAAAGAAACCAUGGACUUCUCUGGGAUGUCCGUCAUCAAGUUGAGAAAAGAAGAAAUGGAGUCACAGGUGAAGCUGCUGGAAUUAGAAAGUCAGUUGGAGAACGAGCGUCUGCGUUUGGGCGAGCUGAGGAAGAAGCACUACGAGUUGGCGGGAGUUCCUUUAGAGCAGGUUUCUGAGGGGAACGGUGAAACCUCCUUGCUGGCCAAUCCUGUCGCCAUGUCACCAAAACCCAGCAAGCCUGCUCUCUUGAAGAAACCUGCGUUGGCCCAGAAACCCAACGUAUACUCCAAAACCACGUUUAAGUAAUGCCUGAGCAGAAGAGGAAAAUUCUCCACUAAUGGAUGGUUGGAUUGACCAGAGAAAGAUCCUCUUGUUGUUUCCUUUAAGUUGCAUGCUGACAAUCCUCUGCCUCAUCCUGCAUCUCAUUGUUUUCCUUUUUUUCUUUUUGCCAAAAAUCAACCAGAAGCCUGAUUUUUGACCCUUGAUGCCUGUAAGGGAUAUGCUGUCUUUGCCCUUAGUUCCUUUUUUUAAAGAUAUAAAUGCAUGCAAUCCAUGCAGAAACCUUUUUAUUUUAGUAUUUGGCAUCAAGAACAAAAAGGUUAAUAUUGUGUUUUUAGGCUGCGUGAAAAUGUUUUUUUCAGCAUCAGAAUUUUCUUUUUAGAUGGUUAAGUACUACUGCUGCUUUUAGAAUACAAACCAUGAUAACCAUAAAUCGACAGCAUAUCUUGUAUUGUAUGUUAAUAGUUAAUUUUCAUCAUGCUUUGGAAAACCUUUUUGCACACUAUUUUGGACGUUCCUUACAGAGCACAUCACAUUUUUCUUGCUGUGCACUACUACAUGUUAUUUAUGUUGUGGUGGGCAGUAAAGGAAACUGGGGAAUCACAUUGUGUGUAUCCAUGUUGCUGCAAAAGUUUUACAUAAAUCCUACAAGGCUUUACCUUUAUAAAGUUCAAAGAGUUUAUUGUCGUAUGCACAGACAGAAAGCAUGUUUCCCUGCACAAUGAAAUUCUUACUUUGCCGUCCACACUAAAUGUCAUACAAUAUCAUUCAAAAAAUAACAAAUAAUAAUAAAGGAGCAUGGACGGUGUUCCUCUUAUGUGCAAAACAGCUUUCUGUCUCAACAGUACAAGAUUGUCUGUCUGUCUGUCUGUCUGUCUGUCUGUCUGUCUGUCUGUCUGUCUGUCUGUCUGUCUGUCUGUCUGUCUGUCUGUCUGUCUGUCUGUCUCAGAGGCCUUGGAAUGUACUGUACUAAUGCAUUGGGUCAUACCUGUAAAUACAAACAGUCUAGGAGUGUGCCACUCGCACCAAGUAUAAUUCAUAUCUACACUCAUCUCUUGAAUGUCCCUUUAUUAGAGGACAACCAGGAUAUUAUGGUAAAGCAUAUAUAUCUAUAGACUUAAUGCUUGCACACAAAUAUCGGAUGUAGGUGUCUUUAAUUGUCAAAUGCUUCUUUUUGACUGAAGGAAGAUUUAGGGGUAAGUUAAUGUACAAUAGGAAGGUGUUCAAGUUAUCUUUGCCUAUGGCAGCUUUUCAUACAGGGUCUUAAAAUGCAUCUUUUUAUGUUCUGUCCUUUCCUCUGUACGAAAUGUCUUUAUACACUCAGAUCUAUUAAUAUAUUUUAGUUAAGAUAAUAGUUGUUUCUCCUUGUAAGAAGUGUAAAUGUCAAACACAUGAACAAUAAAAGGUUUGAUUUAAUGUCC